AUGUGUGGAAUGGUUCAAAGUUGUAAGAUUGAAAUAACCCACGUGGCCUUCAGUUGCUGCGAACAUCAAACAUCAUCAUUCCCUCAUUCCAUACACUUCGAAAUACUUCUUUUAAACGCUCAGGUUUACAUUAACAAAACUUCUUUCGCGUUAGAACCUGAGAAAUUUGAUGAGUGUUUCUUGCUUCCGCUCCAGAAGUUGGAGUGUCAAUUCUCAUUGACGUCAUUAUCUUUUCCUACAACAACUGGAGGCAUGCUGAAAAUGUUGAAAUUAAUGUUGCCAACUUUGCUGUUGAUGGCACUUCUCCAAGCCUCAACAAGUUCUACAACUCUCGAAGAUGAAAGAUUUAUCUGUGGCCUGCAGUUGGUGGAAUCAAGUGUCUACCAGCCUUACUCCGGAAACAGGGCUGCAAUGGUGAAUCUGAAAAACACUUUACUCUCCAUUGCGUAUUUGGCCAAUUUGACGCAUUGGUGUAGGAGCACCUGCGAUUGCAGCGAAACUGACAAGAAAGACCUCUAUACAAAGGAGUACCCCUUUCCAAUCACUUGCAAAACUUUAAUGAAAAUAGAGACGCACAUUUUGUGCCGCUGUGAGGAUGGAUACGAGCAGAACAGAUACAAUGUCUGCGUCCCAAUAGAACCCAUAAAGCUUUUGGACCCCUUAUUGGAUUUGACCCCUCUACAGACAACCACCCAAGCUGUCCUGUUCCCACCCCUGCCUGCUUCGAUGAUGUCACCGCUCGUAAUCGGCCUGAUCAUUUUGGGAAUUCUGCUGCUGCUACUUCUCUGCCUGCUCAUCCUUCUGCUCUGUCUCUGCUGUCGUAAAAGGAAGAAAAAGGAAGAGAAGAAGGACCCGGAGAAGAAGGUGGAAAUGCCAGACCUGCCUAAGAAUGACUAUUCCUAUCUUCCACAAGUUUUCAAGGUGACCGUUGAAAAGGAAAGUGACGAUUACGACUUUUUGAAGACAGAUUUUGACUUGAAAGUGGCAGGAGCUGACGACGGAGGUUAUGCCAAAAUAGGCACGGGAAAAGGAGAGCCAGACGACAAAUUGAAGUUGGAAGUUGGAAAUAGUGAGAAAAGUGGGAAGAAAGUUGAAGUUGCUGGCAACAUAUACUCCGAAGAGCCAGGAGUUGCCGAUGGUCCUAAAAAAAAAGGCACUGUGGUUCAUAUCGCGGUUGGUGAGAAGGAGGAGGAGGAGGCCACAGACUACAUUUACAGUGAGAUCAAAUGUUAG